GUUCAUUUGUAGCAAAUUGUUAAUAAACUUAAGACAAAAGCACCAUGAAUACCAAAAUAUUUUUGAUCUUUCUAACAGUUGCAGCUAUAGAAUUAUUUAAUUAUCAAGAUUCAGGAUGCUUUGUGGUCGCUUUACCAUGUCCACCUAAUUGUGGUUCAUCAGGAUCAGGAGCAGCAUCCGCAUCAGGUGCAGCAUCAUCAGGUUCAGGAGCUGCCUCCGGAUCCGGUGCAGCUUCGGGUUCAGGAGCUGCCUCUGGUUCAGGCGCAGCGUCGGGUUCAGGAGCUGCCUCCGGAUCAGGCGCAGCAUCAGGAUCAGGAGCUGCUUCUGGUUCAGGAGCAGCAUCAGGAUCCGGAGCUGCUUCUGGUUCUGGUUCAUCAUCGGGUUCAGGAUCAGGAUCAUGUGGUUGCGGAGGAAGUGGGUCUGCAGGUGCAUCAUCUGGAGGUUCAUCAGCAAGCGCAAGUAAAAAUUCAGCUGGUGCUUCAUCAAAUGGUUCCUCCGCAGGAGCAUCUAAGGGCUCAGCAGGUGCAGCGUCAGGAGGUUCGUCGGCUUCGGCAACUAAAGGUGCUGCUGGUGCUUCGUCUAAUGGAUCAACUGCGUCUGCAACUAAAAAGUCAGCUAGUGCUGCUUCUGGUGGAUCAUCGGCUGGUGCUUCAAAUGGAUCAGCAGGUGCAUCGUCUGGUAGCUCCUCAGCUUCAGCAACCAAAAACUCAGCUGGCGCUUCUUCUUGCGGUUCAUCGGCUGGCGCUUCAAAUGGAUCAGCAGGCGCAUCAUCUGGUAGCUCGUCAGCUUCAGCAACUAAAAACUCUGCUGGAGCAUCGUCUGGUGGAUCAACAGCUGGUGCAUCCAACGGUUCAGCGGGUGCAUCAUCUGGUAGCUCGUCAGCUUCAGCAACUAAAGACUCAGCUGGUGCUUCUUCGGCCGGAUCAUCUACAACUGUAAGUAACGGAUCAGCUGGAGCUUCUUCUGCUGGAUCAUCAGCUGGUGCAACAGCUUCUGGAGCUGGAGCUGCAUCAGGUGGUGCAGUUUCAUCGGUUACUGAAAAUGCAGCAUCCGCAUCUUCUGCUGGAUCAAGUGUUUCAGUUGGAGGUGGUGAUGAUUCUGAUGAUUCUGAUGAUUGCUCUUGUUAAAUUUUUCACUGAUACUGCUAUUCAUCGUUAUGUUCGUGUUUCUAGUGAUAAACAAGUCGGCUUAAACUGGACUGUUGUAAAAGAUUCUUGUUUCUACGCUUAAUACAUAAAAUAAAUGGCUAUAUUAAAAGUGUAAUAGACUAUAACUAAAUCAUAUAAUGAAACCUGUUAAAAAUUAAAGCAUACC